UGUUUCGCGCAUGUGCAAAUCCUCGCAGGCAAGCGGAUCUUAGAAACGGCCGGUCGGGACUGAAGACCCCGGCUUGCAUCGCAGUCUCGCGAGGACUGCCAUUCUCAGCAUACAACGCUCCAUUUUCAUCUCCAUGGAGACUAAAGAGUUCCAACCUGCUGCACCGCCUGGCCAGACGAUGAUCGGAGCGGUGCACGCUGGGAAUCGUAGUCCACGUGGCUCGGAGUACUCCCGCUGGCUGGGCAAGGGGUGCUGCCGCGGCGGAGAGUGAGGCUCGGCGUGGGCUUCUCCAGGCCCGAGGGAGGGACUCAGCCACGCUCAGUCUGCAGCCUAACAUCUGCUCCGAGGCGCCCGCCCUGCAGGCCGCAGCACCGGGCACAGUGAGUCCGUGCGUGAGGAUUCCUGGUCCGUUUGUUGCAGAAGUUGCAAGGUACACAAGGAAAGAAACAGGAAACUGCAGGACAAGAAAAGAUGGCAAACAAUGGUUCGUAGCGGAAAGAAUGGUGGGCUCCAUCUGAAACAAAUCUCCUAUUACAAACGAACAGGAGAAUAUCAUCCAACUACGUUAGCAAGUGAGAGAAGUGGAAUAAGAAGAGCAGCCAAAAAAUUUGUUUUCAAAGAAAAUAAGUUGUUCUAUGUGGGAAAAGACAGGAAACAGAUGCGUUUGGUAAUUGUUUCAGAUGAGGAAAAGAAGAGAGUGCUACACAAAUGCCAUGAAAGUGCUGCAGGUGCUCAUCAUGGCAUAUCGAGGACUCUGACUCUGGUGGAGUCUAGUUACUACUGGACUUCCAUAACAAAUGACGUCAAACAGUGGGUGUAUGCUUGCCAGCAUUGCCAGGUGGCAAAGAAUACAGCCAUCAUAGUACCCAAAUUACACCCUAUCAAAGCAGAGGAUCCAUGGACUGCAGUCGCAAUAGACCUAAUGGGACCUUUUAAUACCACGAGCAGAAACCAUAUGUAUGUCAUAAUGAUGACCGACUUGUUCACAAAAUGGGUGGUGGUUCUGCCACUACAAGACACUUCAGCGGUAGAAAUUGCUAAGGCAAUUGUCAGUGUGUUUUUCUUGUAUGGACCGCUUAAAAAAAUGGUUAUUGAUCAAGCAGAAGAGUUUGUUCAUCAGAUCAACAGAGAACUAUUUGAGCUCUUUGGAAUGAAACAAAUAGUAUUAUCGUAUCCUCAGACAGAUGACACAAAUGAAAGAACUUGCAAGACCAUCAAAACUUUCCUGAACAAAUACUGUGCAGACCACCCCAAUGACUGGGAUGAUAAUUUAUCUGCCAUUGCCUAUGCUUUUAACUUGACUCCCAUGGAGCCAGUCCAAAACACACCAUAUUUCAAAAUGUUUAAUCGUAACCCUUAUGUGUCUGAGACUUCAAAUGUACUGCAGGAAGCACAAGAGGAUAAUAAAUGUAUGUUUGCCAAAAUCCUUGAAGCAAUUAAACAGGCUGAUCGAGUAUUGGAGGAAAGGAAAGCUACAAAAUGCCAGAUUGUGAAAAAUAGGAUUGAUGAACAGCAAACUGGAAACAAGGUCAAUAUUAAAAGGAAGCCAAAGCAAGUAAAUCCAUUUCAUCUUAAAGUUGGACAUGAAGUACUUAGACAAAGGAAAAACUGGUGGAAAGAUGGCCGUUUCCAGUCAGAGUGGAUUGGUCCCUGUAUUAUAGACUACAUCACAGAUAAUGGAUGUGCAAUACUAAGAGAUACCACAGGUUCCAGACUAAAAAGACCCAUCAAAAUGUCUCACCUUAAGCCAUACAUAAGAAGAUCCAAUGAACAAGACAACCAUUAUCUCUUACAAGGUGCAAUAGUGGUUGACCAUGACUAUGUUGGCUUAUCGGAAAGUUCGUAUGGGCCAUGCCCACAAAACACCAUUGUCGAAGGGGAAGUAAAUACCCUUGCAGCAAACAAUCUGCUGCCUCUACCCUGCAAAGACAGUGAACCAUCAGAAUGUAAAAGUCAGUCUGAGUUUACCGAAGAUCAUAGAAUUCUGCCAGCUAACUCAAAUCCAGAGCAAUGGUCUUCAACGUGCUGGACUCUUCAAACCAAGCUAGAGGAUACUUAAGUAAAUAAAACCCCACAAUGUUUCACUGGAAGAAAUGGUCCUCAACUUCUCUGGUGGAAUGGAAAGGGCUUUAGUAGCUUUAAAUUCCUUAGCCAAGUUUUAAAUAUGGAAUGUUAGAUACUUGUAUUUACAACUGUAUAUGUUUGGGAAUAAUAGUACAUGUCUGGUAAUUAAUUUGUAUAUAUGCACUGACAUGCUUAUGCUUGUUUUACAAGGAAUAUGGGAAUAGUUUAGUAAAAGCACAUUACACCACUAUACAAUGGGACUUAACUCUAAUCUGCAGUGUGAUUAUAGACUAACAGUGUGGUCUUAUCCACAGCGCAUUAGUCCUUAACCACAAAAGUACAGCAUAGCAUUCAUUUUAUGGCCUCUUCACUAGUCCUGGGGGUGGCUCAAGAGCUCUGAGAACCCCAGGACUGUAAGAUGAACAACGUGACCACAGUCUGCCUCCAGCUCCAGGAAGGCGAGGUGGUUCACACCCUCCUACAUUUCUACAACUUUGUUUCCAGCUCUUUGGGAAAGUCGUGAGCUCUGCCUUUUUAUACCUUCUAUUCUUCAUCGCUGGUGCAAGACUCAACAACCACAUGAAACAGCAGGGCUGCCAAAGUGCAGUGCAAGAACCGGUCUGCUUGAGAAACAAACAGUCCUACAGCAACAUGGGCAGAAUUUCGCCAGUUUUACUCCCAGCCCAUCAAAACACUGUUAGGGAAAGGAGGUUUUUAGAGUCUGUUAGGCAUGUUGGGGCUGCCUAAAGCACGUACAGGGGCUGUCUCUGCUUAUCUCCUUAUCAUCUUCAAAGCAAAUCUCAGAUGUAGCCUCCUUGCAGCAUGAGCACCACACCAAUUGGUUUGUGUAGGUGCUUAGGACUGCCUGGCUGGAUGCUCAGUCUGUCCCUAUCAUUGGUGAUUUUUAUCAUGCCAUCAAAGAUUUUGGCACUCAUGUGAUUGACCUGUACUGACAGUCCUUGGUAAAUGUGUUUGUGUGGUACACUGAUCUUCCAGCUCUGAAUCUGUCUUCAGUCUCCCUUAUUAUUCUUUCUUUUCAUAAAAAAAACUUGCUCUAAACAUAGGACGAGCCCUGCUCUUCCUGACAUCCACACAUCUUACCUUGUCUCUCUCUGAAAAUUUGCCAAGAUGAGUUGUGAGCUGGGGGGGAAUUACCAUGUGCGCAUGCACAGGAGCUGUUGUAUUUGUGUGCUUGCUAUGGCGCACCUUGCAGAGUCCCUGAAUCACAAAUGGGGCUUGACCCAAGAACCAUGGAAGUAGAUAAUUACCACCAUUUGGCUUAGGGGAAGGAGUCCAGGUCUGGGAGCUUUAGUCUCACCUCUUUCACUGACUGGUGUUACUCGUUUUUUGCACUUCAUGACCCAUAUUGUUGACCAAGGCUUCAUACUUCCAGUGGUAUUUCCCUUAGUUCAUAGUUUUGAUAACAGUACUAGAAGAUGCAGAAGGAGAGCUGGUUGGAAAAUAGUUCUUCCACCUGAGGGAAAAUGUUGAGGAAAAGUUAGUUUCAAAUUUUUUUCAUGGAGAAUUUUGAUUUUUUUUUUUUGGUAAAAAUUGAAAACCAAAAUCAUCAUUUGGGAAAUACCCACACAGGGAGUAUAAAUUUAGGUACCUUAUGCCCCCAUUCUUCUCUUUGGGGUGGGCUCCUUGGCCAGCCUAUAUCUCCCCCUUGCCUAGCUGCUGUGAUACAUCACUGGAAACUUUGUCUAACUGAAAAGGAGGACUUGUGGCACCUUAGAGACUAACAAAGUUAUUUGAGCAUAAGCUUUCGUGAGCUACAGCUCACUUCACUGGAAUGCAUCCGAUGAAGUGAGCUGUAGCUCAUGAAAGCUUAUGCUCAAAUAAAUUUGUUAGUCUCUAAGGGCCACAAGUCCUCCUUUUCUUUUUGCGGAUACAGACUAACACGGCUGCUACUCUGAAAAUUGGUCUAACUGGUGAGCCUGGCUCAGAGGAAAAUGGGGGCAUGAGGCACCAUGCUAGCAUUUCCUAAUCUGAUUUUUUGGUGUUUGGCCCAAACCUUUUCAGGUGAUGAAUUUUUGGACAAAAAGUAAAAACAUCUGCAGCAAGCAGACAUUACUCAUGGAAAAAUUCUGUGUCAUAAACCCAAUUUGCCACUGAUAAACAGUUGUCAUUGAAAAUUUUCAAUCAGCCCUCACACUUAUUGAUGGCUCAGCUAGGAAGGGAAUCUAGGACCAAGAUUUUCAAAAGCUGCUCGUGAAUCUGGGUGGCCAUCUUGAGAUGCCUGUAAAGAGACUUAACUCAAAAACUGCUGAGUGUCCUCCGGAAAAUUAGGUCCUGAACAUGGAAGAACUCAGUUUUGCCCACUAAGUGACACUGCCUUUUGGAAAGAAUAUGCCAAACCUAGGUGCUUGGCUAUGCUGUCUGUAAAAUAAGGCUGCUUUCUACAUAUCUCUUUACCAAGCACUUUUGAGACCCAUGGAUGACUGAGGAUUAUAUCAUUCAUUGACAAAUACACAGUAGCCAGGAAACCUAUAUCUCAGACCCCCUGCUUUAACCACCAGGUUGCACGUGCCUCCCAGAACCAAGAAUAGAGUCCAGUAAUCCUGAUCUCCAGCAUCCUACUGCUAUCUAGAAAACAGUGGCAGAAAAUGCACUUUCUUUGGCUCUGUCUUAAAACUUUUUAAAAAUAAAAUCUUAGGAAAUUCCAUUUACAAAACCAUCAUUAUUAAAGUUAAAAAGUCAAGCACUCAAAUAGGAAAUAACUGUAACCUUAAUUCUGCCCGUGUGUAUUAUCGUAUAAUAGGGACUUAUAUGAUCACAUAUUAUUUUUUAUAGGACUCCUGUUUGAAGUUGACGGCCAGCUGUUCUAGACCAUAGUCUGCUCCCUGUAUCCUAUAUUUCCCCAAUUGGGAUUUCACCCAUCAGGGGUCAGCCUGAUAGAGCCAGCUCCUCUAACCUCACGUCCAUAGCAUAAGGUGCACGCUAGCAAUCCCCAGCUAGGGGACAGUCUCUUGGCUUCAGGAAUAAGAUCAGACAGAACUAGGGAGCUGCCUCCUUUAUUCCCCUCACCCCACUGUCUUAAAGCAAAGCAUCUGGCCUGGAUGUUUUUCACCAGAUACUAACUGAUCUUUUGUGUAUUACCUAGGGUAGUGGGUCCCUGAUCCAGACUGAGGUCUCCAGGCAUCAGUAUAAUACAAAUAAUUAAUGAGUGCUUUCAUAGUUACAGAGCCCAAAAUAGAGAGCACCAAACUGACUAUGUGUUGGACAGGAAAGUAAAGGGCUGAAUGCACUAAAAGGAAUGAUACUAAUAUUUCAUAUUUCCUGGUAAUUGCACAGUGGCAGCUACACAUGAGCUCCUCAGAUCCCUCUCCGGAUAUAUAUAGCCAGGAAGAUAAUUAAUAGUUUUAGGCAAAUUAGCAAAAGGAAUUGGGAAUUUCUGGUGACUUGUUCAAAUUUGCUAUGUGGUGAAACUGCCAGGAGCGAAAUUAGAAGAAUGGCAGGAGGAAGCCUGAACAAUUGCUGCAGGUAGGGUUGACAACCAGCCAUGCUCAGAGAAGUAUCAUAGAAAUACUCUAUAUACUUAUUACAGCAAAUUAUUCUUCUGACCCUGUUUAUGACAUUCAUUGAGUUCUGUCUUCCAGGAGAAAACUCAGACACACUAUUUCACCAAGACUGACUGCCUGCUCUAUCAACUGCACAUGCAUUUAAUUUACAAGGGGACAUGCCUCAACUUCCCAAGUCAAUUCUUUAAAGGGUGGUUUGUGACACAUUGUGGUGUUUAUAACUAGAAGGGAAAAAAAUGGAGCACAUAUGUUCAGGAAAUUCAGAGAGAGAGAGGUGAAGUUGGUGAGUUCCCCAGUAACGUAAAUGUUUCUAUCUGGUUAGUGUACUAAAAUUAUUUACAUAUGCACUGUUAGUUGAAAUAAAUGAUGGAAAUUCA